UGUAGACGUGUUAUUUUCUUCAAAUUAUCAUUGAGUUAAGUGAAAGUCUGGUGUUGAUGGCUGCCCAAUUCAUACGACCUCACGUGCGAUAAAGAGACGUGCGAUCCAGGGAGUCAUGGCACCUAGCCACAGCACGCGACUGGGGGAGAUCUCCAAACAGAUUGCUCGUUUCGUGGAGGAGCAGGCAAAGGCUGAGGCGGAGUCCCAAAAGAAAGUAAAAGAGGAGCUGGAGAGGAUCAUUAAUCUGCAGAAUGCCUCACAGGCCAACCUGCAGACUCAAUCCUGUGAGCUGAACCACAGGUUGAGAGCUUUGGAGCAGGAGAACCGCAGAUUGAGGAGCAAGGUCAGGAAUGUGGAGCACGAGAAGGAGAGGCUGAAGAUGACGCUCCAGGAAAUGAUUGGACGUGCCUCCCAGGCCAACACUGCCAACCUGGAGAAGACCCACCACAACCAUAAGCAGCAGAGGGAACUGAACAUGGUCACCACCUGGUUCCGGAACUCAGAGAUGGGCAACAGCAAAUUGGCCAAGAAUGCCAACAUGCUGCGGAGCCAGAGGGAUGAGAUCCAGGAUUUGCUGGACAAGGAGAGGAAUCAGAGCCGGAUUCUGGACCUCCAAGUCCAACAGCUGCAAGAAGAGAGGAAAAAGGAGAAGAAGCAGCAUGAGGACCUGAUCAAGGACCUUGAGAGGCAGCUGGCCAUCUUCCAGCGGCGGGCCAUGGCGACCCCAUGUGAGGUCCCGACCCCAAGGUUGAAAACCACUGAGCUGCAUGAAGUAUGCAUUGAGAUGGAAGAGGAACCUGCAAAAAACCUGCAGAAGGAGGAAAAGGUGCAGAACCUCACCUCAGAGCCCCAGAAGGCCACCUCAAAGGACCUCAGGUCACAUGAGCAGGGGGAUUUGAGCCAGGUGAAGAACCUGGAGUUGGAGCAGGUGAAGAUGCUGGAAGAGACCAAACAGUGUUGUGCGGUGGCCUUCAUUGAGAAGCUGGAUGCCCAGUCUCUGAAUCUGAGUGUUGAGGAUUCCGGUCGGCACAUGAGCGGAGAGGGCUCCCCCUGUGGAACUGGGGGAGAGUCGCGCCGCAUUGGGGCCGGCAGCGGGCCGCAUGCCGACAGCCCUGCUCUGGCAGAGGCACAGAGACAACUGGAGACACUCAAAGACCUCACACAGAGGCAGGAGAAGAAGAUGAUUGGUGAGGAGAAGCCUCUGUGUGCCAUGGGCAUGGGCAAGAAGGAGAAGAUUGCUGAGGAGAAGCCCAGAGACAGCUCGGACCACAUGAAGGUCCUCCGUUAUUGGAGGUCAAGGGGCUUCGGCCUGGAAAUGGUGGACGAGACCUAGCUUCGUCAAGACCUCAAAUUCCAGGUCAUGCAGAAAGAAUAAAAUCACAAAAAAGGAA